AUGGCGCGGAGAGGAAGACCCCCUGCUAAUAAACGAGCAGCACUCAGCGACGAGGAGACCUCGGACUACGAGACUGCGCCGCCCAUCAAGUCUCCGCGCAAGUCAAAUUCCAUGUCCGACGACGCGAGCGACUCGCUUGCAUUACCGCGGCGAAACGGACGACCCAGCAGGAAGGAGGAGAAAGAGCCGACUGAUGCAGAAGUGGGCGUGUACGCGGAAGUGGACGCGGAGGAUGAUGAGGAGGACGAUGAGGAAGAGCUCGACGAGGACGUGUUCAUCGUUGAAGCCAUUAAGAAGCACAUGAUCGACGAAGAUGGAACGCUGAAAUUCCAUGUCAAAUGGGAGGGCUAUGAGAAAAAGUCGGACAUGACCUGGGAGCCCGAGGAGAAUUUACAGGAAUCAGCUGGCGACAUUCUGGCCGGCUACCUCGAAUCCAUCGGCGGGCGAGAAAAGAUAUUUGAGGAGACACAGGAAGCUGCCAAAGGCAAGAAGCGCAGCCGUACCUCCAGCACGGCUGCAUCUGCCAGUACAAAGCGCUCCAAGAGAAACGGGACACAUCCUAGCGAAUCGACGCCCCCAGCGACAUCGGAUAAAUGGAAUCCUCCGGCAGGAUCUUGGGAGGACGAAAUCGAUACGAUUGACGCUUGCGAAGACGAAGGCAGCGGUCGGCUCAUUGUUUACCUUGUGUGGAAAAACGGACGUAAGACGAAGCACGACACAAAGGUCAUUUACAAGAAGUGCCCGCAAAAGGUAAGCGUGCCCUCAGCCGUUGAGUUUCAUACGAAUCUAGACAUGAGAGGCUAA